AUGGAGCAGGAGAUGGCUGACAAGGAGGCUCAAUCUAAAUCCAAAGCACCUCAUAGCUUUCAGAAGGGGAACAAUCUUCCUCUUACUCUCAGGUUUGAGGAUGUGUUGUGCAAGAUUAGGACCAAGAAAGGUGGAUUAUUCAACACGAACGCAAAAUCAGAAGAGAAAAUGAUACUAAAAGGAGUGUCGGGCAUAGUGGAACCAGGCGAAAUGCUAGCAAUGCUGGGACCAUCAGGAAGCGGCAAAACGACGCUCCUAAAUGCGUUAGGAGGCAGGCUAAGAAGCAACGCCAAUCUCCAAGGAACUAUAACUUACAACAACCAACCUUUUUCAAACACAACGAAGCGAAAAAUCGGAUUCGUCACCCAAGAUGACAUUCUCUACCAACACUUGACUGUCACUGAAACCUUAGUCUUCACAGCCCUUCUCAGGCUACCAAACAACCUCACCAAACAAGAGAAAAUCUUACAGGCAGAAACCAUGAUAUCCCAACUAGGGUUAACCAGGUGUAAGGAUAGCAUGAUAGGAGGGUCUUUGGUAAGAGGAGUUUCAGGAGGAGAGAGGAAGAGGGUCAGUAUUGGGCAAGAGAUGUUGGUAAACCCUAGCUUGCUAUUUUUGGACGAGCCAACUUCUGGACUUGACUCAACCACAGCUCAGAUUGUGUCCACUUUGUGGGAGCUGGCUAAUGCUGGAAGGACUGUGGUUAUGACCAUACACCAACCUUCAAGUAGAUUGUAUUAUAUGUUCUGUAAGGUUUUGUUGUUGUCUGAAGGGAGCCCUUUGUUCUUUGGAAACGGUUCUGAUGUCAUGAACUAUUUUCUGAGUCUUGGAUAUGCCCCUACUGUGGGCAUGAACCCUUCUGAUUUCCUUUUGGAUCUUGCAAAUGGUAUUUAUACUGAUGAAUCUGAUGAAGAUCAUGCCUCACUUAAGCAGACGUUGGUGUUAGCAUACAAGCAUAACCUUGAAGCACAAGUGAAGGACAUGGUUCGUGCGGCAAGUAAUUCUGGCAUGAGUGAGAGUAGAUUUCAAGACACAGAUUUGGAUAAAUGGUCUGCAAGUUGGUUUCAGCAAUUCAGUGUGUUGCUCAAACGGGGAGUGAAGGAGAGAAAAUAUGAGUCAUUCUCUAGCCUCAAAGUUACUCAAAUCGUUAUGGCUGCCAUUAUUUCAGGUCUACUAUGGUAUAAGUCCGACAUUUCGCACUUUCAGGAUCAAAUAGGUCUCCUAUUCUUCAUAGCUGUUUUCUGGAGUUACAUUCCAAUGUAUCAAGCCAUCUUCACAUUCCCACAAGAAAGGACUAUGCUUGAUAAAGAAAGAUCCUCUGGAAUGUACAGACUUUCCUCUUACUUCCUCUCAAGGAUGGUAGCUGACCUGCCCAUGGAACUUGUCCUUCCCACAGUUUUUCUCGUUAUAUCCUACUGGAUGGCAGGCCUCAAACCACAAGUCCUGAACUUCUUAUAUACACUCUUCAGCCUCUUACUCGAUGUCCUAGUCUCACAAGGCUUAGGCCUUGCCCUCGGUGCGGUUGUGAUGGAUGAAAGCUCUGCAAGUACACUUGGCUCUGUGAUUAUGCUAAGUUUCAUGCUAGCUGGUGGAUACUUUGUCCAACAUGUCCCAAGCUUUAUAGCUUGGAUCAAGUACUUGUCCAUUGGCUACUACACAUACCAAUUGUUUCUGGGGUCUCAGUAUGAGAGUAAGGACACAUACCCUUGUUCGGAGGGGCAGUGUUCAGUUGCAGAAUUUCCUUCCAUAAAGCAAAUGGGGGUGCAUUUGGAGGACCAAGUGGUUGCCGUUUUGGCUCUGGUGAUAAUGCUGAUAGUUUAUAGACUCAUAGCUUAUUCAGCACUAAUGAGGGUUGGGGUGGCCAAGAAACUCGCCUAG